GCAGACCGCCGCGACCGCGCAUCCGUCUCAGCUCGCGUUCGUGCGCCGCGAUGCCGCCGCGCGCGCCCUGCGCCGUGGCGCCCACGCUCCACUCGCGGCGCAUCGCGACUCCCCCCGUGGCCGGCAGACGAUAAUCCGUGCUGUCGGGACGAAAUCCACCCCCAUCUACAUGAGCCGAGACUCGCAGAGGCACGACAAGCUCGAGGCGCUACUCGCCGCCGAGCUCGACUCCGAUGCGGGGCUCGCCAAGCAGACGCAGAUAAACCUCGCCAAGGACCUGAUCCUCCGCGGCUGCGGCGUCGACGACCCUUCCAUGCUCUCGGAAGACUUCCAAUAUUGCACCCCUUACGCCGAUCCCCUCUCGAAGGACGACUACGUCGCGGCGAUGAGGGCCAUCGACCUCAAGGGCGCCUUCCCCGGGGGCUCGCUCAACGCCCGCCACUUCCGCGUUCAGUGGGACAGCAAGGUAAGGGGCCAAUCCUACAAGGUCUGGUGCCGAACGCAGUUCAAGGGCAUGCACAGAGGGACCCUCUUCUUUGGGCGGGCCAUCCCGGCUACGGGCAAGACAGUCGUCGGCGCGCCGGAGAUCAUGUCCCUGACGUUCAACGACCGGGGCAAGUGCGAGCGCAUCACCGCCGAGUACGUGGUGGACGCGUCGGAGGGAAACACCGGGGGAUGGGGCGGCAUCCGGGGAAUCAUGCACGCCAUCGGCCACCCGGUGCCGGCGCCCUGGACCCUGCACGGGAAACUGUGCAAGACGUUCCCCGCGCUGAUGGCGUGGACGGACACCACGACGCUGUGGGCGAUCAACGCGGCGCUGUUCGCGUCCAUCACCACGGGGUUCGGCAGGCCCGCGGUCGCCGCCGAGGCGGUGCAAACGCCGGCUCCCAAGGGAACCUCGAGGACAACAAAGGCGAACAAAAUCGCCAAAAUCGCGCACCUGCCCGAGGAGCUCCUCCCCAAAUGAAACCGCCGCCGACGACUGAGCGGUAGCCACCGUUAGAGUAUAUUAUUUGUUUGUAUAGAGACAUGUACGUC